AUGCAGCGCCUCCAGGAAAUGAAGGCUCGAGAUCGGCGUAUUGCUCUAUUUGGCGAUUCUCCGCCGCCUGCAAGAACACCUGCACCAUAUCCGGAAGGCCAGCUUAUCUACCAGUGCAAACAUGGCGAUACAGUCACCAAGUACACCACAUCUCCUGACGGUAUGGGAAGCAACCUGUCUCCAAACGAGGCACAUGUAUUGCGAUUCCUGAAAGAAAACACGACAAUUCCUGUACCAAAAGUCAGUAGCAGCGAUUGGGAUCGCAUCACAAUGGAAUACAUCGAAGGACAGUCAUUGAAAGAGGCCUGGCCAUCGUUGGAACCACGCCAGCGAUCGGAGAUUCUCACUCAACUCAGUGACUACAUCGCCCAAAUGCGUGCCAUCCAAGGUAUCUAUAUCGGUCGUCUCGACGGACAAGGUGCUAUUGUUCCCAGCAUCUUCACCCGAUCUGGCGGGCCAUUUCACACCCUCAGAGAAUUUCAAGAGUGGCUUGUGCGACCACGACAGCGAUAUGCAGAUAUGUCCAUCUAUUGGGAGCAGAUCACAACUCAGCUUGGGGAUGAAUAUCCCAUUGUGUUCACACAUGGUGACCUCUCGUCCCGAAAUGUUCAUGUUCGCGAUGGCCGUAUUGUCGCCCUUCUGGAUUGGGAAUGGGCAGGAUGGUAUCCCGAAUAUUGGGACUAUGUAUUUGCAAUGCGUGGCUUGGAUAAUGUCGACUGGGCUACGCUAGGGAAUCAUGUGCCCGCACUCUUCCCGAAGCGAUAUGAUCUGGAGUAUAUCCUGCUCACGUUUAUCACGCGGCUGUCAUAA